AUGUGCGCUGGCACCAAACGUGCUUAUCCAGCGGCAGAAAGAGGAGAGGAGUCUACGGAAAAGGUUGUUGCAGCAGAGGGCAGUGGUGAGUGGGGGGAUAUUAAAGCCCGAGCCUUAGAACGCAGGAGGCCAAACCCUCCAGCCGCACCAACUGCAGCUAGAGGCGCGUGGACGACCCUCCGCGCCGCUGUUGCCUCCCCCUUGGUUCCCCGUGCUGCUCCAGCAGCACUUACUGCAGUGUCGAGCAGAAGGGUACAUGCGUUGCUAGAAGACAGCCGAGUGCAGAGGCUUUCUGGAAAGUGCCUUCAUGUGUCGACACAUGCAAGACUCUUAGGAAGGGUGGCACUGAGCGCCACUGCCUACACAGGAGAGCCGCAGGACCCCAUCAUCGCCUCACGCGUCGAAUCCUAUUCCGAGAGUCUUAAAAAGGCUGAAGCCUCAAAAGGUUUCCCCAAGGAUCUUGAAGUAGGGGUAAGGCCUGCCGCAACGGAGGAAGCCACGAGAGGGCGAGGAAUUUACGCGGAAGCUGGAAAUCCGGCAGCAAUUGGCAUAUCCUCAGUCUGUGGGACAACUGACGUGACAGAAACAUCGGCGGUGGGGCAAGAGGGAGCAGCUGUAUCGGCUCUUGUCCAUACACCUACGCACCCGGCAGUGGCAGCAGCUGCCACUGCAACCGAAGCCUUCGAAGCAACAAGGCUGUUGUCAAUCGCUGGCUACUCCGAACAAAGGCGUCGCACAGCAAUGGAUGCAGCUUACGACAGUGAUGGCGCUGCAGCACAGGUACGCCUGAAGCAGCAGCUGCAGUGGCACCUUCAGCAGCAACAGCAGCAGCAACAGCUGCAGCAACAGAAGCAGCAGCAACAGCAGCAGCAACAGCAGCAGGUGCAGCAGCAGCAGAUCAGGAAGCAGCAGCAGCAGCAGCAGCAGCAGCAGCAGCAGCAGGUGCUGCUGCAGCUCGGGGAUGUCAAGAGGGACUUACAGCGAACCAGCGGAGGGAGCACAACUGCGAGCACCGCUACAGAGCCGGAGGAUGACGAAGGGGGGUCUGCUGCAGUCGCAGCAGUCUCCGACGACAGCGCAGCUAGCCGCGUUUCUUUGGUGUCGCUUUGCGGGGGGGGGGCCAUGCGAGGUUCCAGCGCAUGCGUGUCUAAAUUCGAGGAAUCUGUCUCGCAGGAGGCAGCCGCAACUGCAGAGGACGAUACGGAUGAGGUGUAUGUCGAGCCGGCGUGGCAGCAAGUCACCUGUGGGUAUCUCAUGUCUAUGGGACCGCACGACAGCACACAAAAGACGCACUACGAUUACCACGAAGAAGCCCACAAGUGCGCGCGCAAGACGUUUAUACUCACAAACACGCAUAUACACACGCGCAUUUCUUCUUGUGUCGAAGCGGACUGUGCGUAUACACCACAUCCUAGAAGUGGAGGGGCGACGAUUGCGCCGCAUUUUAAUAAGACUCCUGCUACUGCUGCGGCGCUACACACUUGUGCAUGCAGGCGAAAUAUUGUGAGCGCCUUCUUCCCGCUGGUAGACUUGAACGGCACGAAUUCCCCAACGACUUUCUUCAUUGGCAGUCAGACACUCACCUCAAAUGCGCAAGCAGGUAAGCGCAAAACAGCAGGCGCCUCUCCGCCUGUCCCCCCUUCUACCACUCUUCCGUCGUAA